AUGGCAAGGGAUCCGAAAGGCAAAAGACAAGUGUCAAACGAGACAACAGAGCUUGGAAAAGUACUGUAUGUAUGCCAAGAGCAGCUUGUGCUGAAGCUGGUUGCAAAAGACAUCCCUUAUCCGAACUCAAGUGUGCUGGACGGAUCGUCAAAGGUGAUUGGCAAGGUAGAUGAAGUUCUUGGAAGGAUGGACGAUGUGCAUGCGACUGUUAUAUUGAGCGUAGCCAGCGAGACCGACAGAGUUGGGCAGAUGCUGUUUGCAUAUGCUGACAAGUUUAUUGCGAAGCGAAGGUUUGCAGCAAGAAGUGAGGUUGAGAAGAAGAAGGAAGAAAGGGAUACGACAAAGGCCAAGUCAAGAAGAGACGGAAUGGAACGAAGCAGAGAAGCCAAUGCAAGCAGCGAUAAAAGGUUCGGGGGGUGGAAUAGCAAAAAGAAUGAUUUCAGGAACAGCAAUAACAGAAGCAGUAACAAUGCAGGUAGCAGCAAUAACAGAAGCAAUAACAAAAAGUUUGCAAACAACAAGGAUAAGAGACAGUCAAGGCCAAGGUAA